UGGUUCCCCACAAAAACACUUAUCAGAGAUCAAAAAGCGUCAAAUUUUUCUUUCUAUCUUCUGAGAUGUUGGUUAGGAAGUUUUAUGGAAAGGUAAACGAAAAACUAGUGCUUGAAACUUUGGAUCAACUGACGAUGACAUUCAGUGCGUUCUUUCACUGUUCACAUACAUGCUCCACCUCUGCCUCUGCAUCUCUGCCCAUCCUGAGUUACAGCAUUUCUGUCUCUUGAGUUUACAGUAAAUUUCUCUCUAUUGUCAGUAAACGUUCUGUCUGUCCUCAGUUACAAGCUCAGUUUUUCCCUAUCCUGUGUUACAAACUUACAAGUUACAAUAGGAUUCGACAUGGAUCCAUACCUACAGGUAUAUAUAUACAUACAUAUAUAUAUAUACCCGUGGACGUAUGCAGCGCUACGUCCUUCGGAAAUUUCCAUUCUUGAUCAAUACAUGACACAUUGCGACCGUACGUGUCUGCGCCGCUGUAUGGGAUUAUCUUCAGCCCGAAAUGAUAACCUGACCCAAAAAUGAUAGCAUGACUUGACACAGAUUUCUUGUUACACAUUUUCGGUGUGAACAAAUUUACAUUUAUAAUCAGUGCGCAGGACUGACUAUUUGAACUUUUCUGUACACAAUUUGGAAAAAUGUGGUUUCUGCGUAAACAGUGAUCCUCUGUUUAGUUAGUCCAUCCGUUUAUAGUGGUUUUAUCAAGAAAACAUUUGAAAAAUAUGAUUAAACAACCCCGGUUAUCCUCGCGAAAAACCGUGGCUGAACGGAUUUCACCAUCAUCGCUGAUUGGCUCAGAACGCCCGGAAAAACAUACUGUCCAAACUGACCAUGGGCGGAGCCGGUCUGAGUGCCAGCGUCCGUCGCGUCGGCCACAGCCGAUCAUUGAUUAUCGCCUGAAACUUGAACCAGUUCAGCCGGAAAAUCUUCCUCCUGUAACGAGAAAUAUUACCAUCGCUUCCAGUAGAGCAUCCCCAGCGUCUAGCCGAUCUCCCAUGGAUUACAUUAAAGAUGGGCGAUACAAUGUCCAGCAGGAGAAUGACCACAACCGACGAGUGGAAAAGGAAGAGGCGGAAGGACGGAUCGAGGCUUUAGAGCAAAAGAUACAAUGGUGGGCAGAUUGUACGAGCGCAUGGCGAACGAAGUACCAGGCAGCCAAGGCACAAAGAAAUGAAUUACGGGAACACAAUCGGAAGUUGCAAGCGCAAUUAGGAAUUGCCGCGGAAGACACUAAUGCCGGUCCAAAAGACAAGAGUGCUCGCAUUAAGUCGCCGCGUCGGCGGCGCCGCGGCCACACCGGAUACCAUAUGACAACGGAUGGCACGGAACUAAUCGACUCCGCCUGUCAAACGUCCAACGAUGAUUCCACACCGGAACCUACAGGUGCUGAUUUUGAUCUACAGUCCAUACUGCGUGAUCUCGCUAACGUGACAAUACGGGAACCAUCCCGGGAUGUCGCCAUUCAGACGGAACAAUUGUCCAUUCCCGGCGCACUGUUCACUGACCCCAUUCUGCUGGAACGGGGCACAGCAUGGCGGAGUAGUAGCAGCGGUGGUAGUAAUCGAGAUGCGGCCGAAGAAUUACAAAAACAGUUGACAGCACUCAAGAUUAAACACGAUCUUCUGGAGAAAAGUGAUCAGGAGAAUGUGCUGCAACUGUCGUUGUUGCGCGUAGAGUAUCAAAUGGAAAUGGAUAACGUGCGCUUGGAGCUGGAGAAUGAACUUGCCGCUAAAGGCCAGCUGGAGAUUAAGGUUGCUGAACUGCGGUACAAAGUUGAAGACUGGCAGCAGAAAGUCUCGUGCGCUCAGAAUCAAUGCAUGGCCGCCGAAACCGAAAAGCUUUCGCUGGAAAGAGAAACGCGUCGAUUACGGAAUUACUGCGAUGUGCUGCAGAGCCGUAUACAGCAGUUAAAAUUAGAUAGAAGAAAGAGUAUUUCCGGCGUCAAUGGGAACACUUUCUACAGCGACGCCGAGCCGGAACGACAAGAUUUGCGCCACGAUAAUCAGCGUCUGCAGAAAAAUCUCCAGGACCAGAUGACCGAACUAGGCCAUGCCAUACGGCGAUUAGAGCAUUACGAAUCCGAGGUGGCUUGUCUCCGUUCGCAAAUUAGCCUCCUUAACCAAGAAUUAACGGCUGCUCGCCAAAUUUCCGACGACCAUGCCAGUGAAGUUGAACGGCAGAAAGCGCUUAAUCAGGACUUACAGGAUCAAUUGGAAAGCAUGCAAAUUCAAUUAGCUCGUGUGCAAACACGGCUGGAGAUCAACUCAUCGCGGACGGCGUGAUUUGACCAAAUAUGAACUACGCUCAUCAAGCAUCAUCAACGUUCAACGUUUACAUAAAACACUGACCAUGUAAAUAUAAACAGAUAUGACCGUCACUUUAUUAUCUGCAAUUUUUACAAAAUCUAUUUUGAUUCACCGUUGUGAUACAACCAAAAUACUGAAUGUGCCAAUAAACGUGUCCAUGUCACUGAUCCGGAAGCAUAACAAAAUCCUCCACCACCACUUCGGGCACGUAUGGAUUCUCGCGCUCUUCCGGAUUGCGAUUGCUGCCCGGUUCGCUCAUGCCCAGAUCCUCCAGUUUCCACAUCCAGUCCAGACGCUGCUUCGAACGUAACAUGCGUGCCUCCAAGCGAUGCCUGGUCAGCAUUUCCUUCUGUAAAAUUGUCUCUGACUUCAUACUUAUCAAGCAGCUAAAUAAAAAUAAAUUUCCUUACCUUAGCAUAAUCGGAUUUGUCAUCGGAAUCUUCGAGCCAUUUUAUCAAGUCACGCAUGGUAAUACGAUUCCUCGUGGCACUUCUCGUUUUCUCAUCCUGUAAAGCAUCAAU